CGUGUCACACCCAUAAAUGAUCAAAUUUCUCUUUGGCCACACCCAUUAUUCAUAAAUAAUGUUAAGCAAACAUAAACUCAAGAUAUCAAAUGCCAAAUUAAACGAUCGAGGACAGUCUCACGAAACAUCUUCACUGACACUGCCAGUUUAAAACAGGAGCCUUUGGAGAAAUAUCUCAUUGCCACACCAUGAAUCCCAUUCAUCACAUAUUUAUCGUUGUCUUCAUAAUUGGAGCUAGUGUUCUGCUGUAUGUAAGUUGGCAUUUGCAAACACAACAAAAUGUUCCAAAGCACAUGGUAGGAAUGUCACACGUGGAAGAUGAAGCUCCCAUGGAUGAUCCUCGUCCACUCCUGAAUCCUGGGAUUAUGUUUGUGGAAACAACAGACAAGGUGGAGCUGAAGCCAUUGGUGAUGUGCUCAGUGGAGUCUACUGCUCGUCAAAACCCAGAUAAAACAAUCUAUUUCUUCAUGAAGGGGUUCAGUGACAACUUGAGCCAAUAUCCAGAGCCUAAAUACAGACUCGUCCCGUUGCUCUCCUCAAUGAAGAAUGUUGUUCUUCUACCUUUAAACGCUAACGAAUUAUUUGAUGAUACUGCAUUGAAAAUUUGGUAUCGAAAGGUAACCAAUAAGAAGAAAGUUGGAACACCAAAGGCCGACCCCUGGCAAAGGGAUCGCCCGCUCCAAGAUGUUAGAGUCCGCAAGCUUCACUGUUUUGUAGCUCCAGAACUCCCAAACAAGAGGCCACCAACUCCACGAUGUUCGGCUGCAGUGCAGAUGUUUUUUUUGACUGAUAAUUUGACUGUGUUUACUGAUGGCUGCAGAUUAGCACUGCUGUGGAAAUAUGGGGGAAUCUACCUGGAUACUUAUAUUAUAUCAAUGAGGCCAAUGCCGUUUACUAACUUGACAUAUUUGGGGUCAACAAGGCCCUAG